UCUCAGCUCGGCGCAUCCCCUCUACUGGACGAAGUGCGACCAUUUUGCAGGGGGGAGAGGCGAGUGGUGGCGAUUGACGGUGCACAGGAGCCAGAUCUGGGGUGCGGGGCGGCGGCCUGAGUCGCUGGACCCGGGGACUGACGGCCCCCGGGAGGUCGAGCGAGAACGGCGCCGACCGGGCUCGGUUAUUUCGUCUCCUUAGGCACCCGUGCCCGCCUCAGGGCCUCCAUUUAACCCGCCAAUAUGUCUAGGCCCGUCAGGAACAGAAAAGUGGUGGAUUACUCACAGUUUCAGGAGUCAGAUGAUGCAGAUGAAGAAUAUGGCAGAGAUUCAGGCCCUCCGGCCAAGAAAAUUCGUUCAUCACCAAGGGAAGCAAAAAAUAAGAGGCGGUCUGGAAAGAAUUCUCAGGAGGAUAGUGAAGACUCAGAAAAAGAUAUGAAGACAAAGAGAGAUGAUUCUCACUCAGCGGAUGAAGAUUUUGGCAGUGAGGAUGACUUAGGAGCAGAUGAUGGCAAAGCUGAUAGUGACUAUGAGAGUUCUCAAAAGAACAAAAAAGGAAAAAAAGUGAAACCUGACAAGAGCAAAAGAGCAACUUCUAAAUCCAGGAAAAGGGCUGCAGAGGACAGUGAGGAUGAGAAAGAAGAUCCGAAAAAUGUGCGCCAGCAGCGCCAGGCAGCAUCCAAAGCUGCUUCUAAGCAGCGAGAAAUGCUCAUGGAUGAUGUGGGCAGUGAGGAGGAAGAUCAGGAAGAGGAGGAGGCAUCGUUUCAGGAAAAAGAGUCUGGCAGCGAUGAAGACUUCCUUGCGGAAGAUGAUGAUGAUAGUGACUAUGGCAGUUCAAAAAAGAAGAACAAAAAAGUGGCUAAGAAAUCCAAACCAGAAAGGAAAGAAAAGAAAAUGCCUAAACCAAGGCUAAAGGCUACAGUUACACCUAGUCCAGUGAAGGGCAAAGGGAAGGGAGGCCGUCCCACAGCUUCAAAGACAUCAAAAGAAAAGACCCCAUCCCCAAAAGAUGAUGAUGAAGAGCCUGAAAGUCCUCCUCCAGGAAAGAAGAAAUCAGUUAGUCCUCCUCCAGACAAAUCUGGGGAUGAAGGGUCUGAAGAUGAAGUCCCCUCUGGUGAAGAUUAAAUGGUGGUGCAGGAGAGAAACUUUUUUGAGAGAGAGAGAGAGUAAGGAAAAGAGAAUAUACUUAGGGGGUAGAACAUGGUUUUGGUUGUGGCUUGACUCAUGGGCUGUGAAUGCCACCUUUACUUUAGCUGUUUUAAUAGUACAGUACUUUCUUUUUUUAAGAGAUCUUUUACACAAUAAUGAUUUGACGUCACAAUCUCUACUGGCCAUUCCGUUCUCCCCAACCAAAUUUGAAAGCCAUUUAGAUUUAAAUUAACAGCAUACUAAAGAUAUAUUUUUGAAGGCUUACUGCAGUUGUAAAGCAAUAAGGAUGAGGCUGAUACUUGGAAAUCAUAGUUAACUAACGGUAUAGGUUUUCCAAAACUGCAGAAAUUCUUCUAAGGCAACUGUUGCUUAAUUGAAUCCAAAACCAAUAUAUUAUUGCACAUUGCAUUUCCUUUGACAUAAUUAGUAUAUGAAUUGGUUUGAAAUCCACCACGGGUUUUAAGUUCCAAUACUCUGAAUGUUUGGGGUUCCACAGUCUAGUUUUAAUGACCAUUUGGUCUGUUCUAUUUUUCAGUCUUCUGAAAGACCCUACCUGUUCAUGCCGUAGAUACUAUUGCUGCUUCUUGAUAAGGAUAAGAUUCCAGCAGGCAGAACUGCAUUCAUUUUUUUCAUGCCUCUCAUUCAUUUUGAAAUGUCCAUCUUUUUAUGCUGCUUUGAAGCAUUGCAUAAAAUUUAAAGCUUGGUUUCAGGGAGAUUUUUGGAAGCUGGAACAACUGUUUUGAAAAGUUGGGAUGGGAGGCUGAGAGCAGUAUUCUUUAGAAAUGUGGAAGUGACUUUAUAUAUUGGCACAGUCUCUUUUUCAAUCCCUGAGUCAUGGCUUAAGUACUCCUUUCCCUGAGAUCCUCAAAAGUCAGACUACACAGCUUCCACCAACAAGGGGUUUAAUUUACCCUGAACCAUCACUUCCUUGCUUAGUUUAGUUUCCCCUGCUUUCUGCAGGGUGGAUGUUGUUCCAUUACUAGAUCUUACUAAUCCUCUAGUUAGCAGAGGCUAUAUACCUAGGAUAAGUGAGGAACAGAGUGUGAAUUGGAAGACAUGAUGGAGCAGAAAUAGUGCAUCUCAAAAUCAGGAUAUCUUUCCAAUGCACAAAAUAAGUUUUCACUGAUGUAUCAGUAUUGCCAAUUUAGACACAAGACGGACUUUGCUUUUCAGUCCCAGGUAAAGGAGCUGCAGUAUUAAGUGUGAGUUGGAGUGCCAUCUGCUUUACAUCUUUCAUUUUGUACAGUUGCAAUAUACACUUUCAACCAUAAUCUCUUUGCAAAUUGAUUUUGAGUAUCAGUGUUCUGAAGCCAGAUCCUUUGUCAUCUGCACUAAGGACAAGGCCUGCUUGACUAGUAUUGUAAGGCCAUGCAAAGAAUAUAAAAGCAGUGAAAUACCAUGUAGGUUCUUUCUCUCACACAUGCAUACACACACACAUGGCAUAGGUAUGUACAUUUAAACCUUGGCUUAUUCAGACUUUUGCUAUUUAUAAUAGCUCUCCUUGUGUCUACGUGACUUCCACUUUACAUCUGCUUUGGGGUUUAGUGAAAACACAAAUUCCUCCUGGGUUUUGAUGUUAGCAUAUCUGUUUUUGAACAAUAACUAGAGAGCAAAAAUACAUUGAGAUCCUCCUUGGACAGAAGCCAGUCCAGCUUGACUCACAUUUGCCAAUUUAGACAAAGCUUAAUUGGCUGUGUGAUCUGGGUACUACAGGCAUGAAGACUGUAUUGCUUCUUUCAGAGUGUUGAGUUGAAAGUGGUAAACUUAUCCUAUACUGCAAAUGAAGCACUUGGUGACCUAGACUAUUUGGCUGCUCCAAAUGUACACAUUUUUGGGAGCUUAGCUCUAGCCAUUAUGAUCAGCCAACUGCUUAUUGCUGUCAGAAUAUGUUUCUGCUGCUGAUUCACUUAUUUUGAAAAAUGUGUGUCUUUUUCUCUUGGCAUCCUUUCUUUAACACAUUCAACGGUGUAUAGGAUACAUAAGAAAGUCAUCAAGACUCCUGGUUUUUUUCCCCUUCUCCAUUUAUUUGAACCCAUUACCCCCUUGAAUUUUUUAACAGUUCUGUGUAUCAGAUAUUAUACAUGAUGGAGAGCAGGCUAUUUUAUAUUGAAUCUGUGAAAACCCAAACUAUAUGCUAUGAUUUUACUGGGUUCUGCAUAUGUCUCCCUGGAAGCAAAUAUUUAGAAUGUUUUCAUCGUGAGUGAAAACAUUUAACUGCUUUCUCUCUCACCAUUCUUUAAAUAGUCCAGAGAUGGAAGGAAAGUGUCCCCCCGCCACAGUCCAUGUAACAGUAGCAAAAUAAUGUCAAUAUUUUAAACUUGUAAUUCUAUUCUGCAAAAUCAGUUUUCUCUGCCUCUGUGUAUAUGGCUUCUGAGUGCAGUAUUCUAGGGAUGUGAUAGCCGUAUCAGUUCACUAGUUUGUCCCUUGGAACAAGUAUUGCCAGAGAAACAAAUCUGUAUACUCCAGUGUGUGUUACUGUACAUCGAUUGCUUCCUGGGAGUGGCAGGUUAUUUAAUAAGAUUUGCUACAAAUUUGCUGAAAAACCAAAAGCAAAUAUUUACAGUGUAUCUAAGUUUUAGCUGUGCAAGCAACUGUGAAAGCAGUAAGGGUAUAAACAGAAUUUUAGUAGGGGUUUGAAAGGGUUUUUGCAGCUUAUCUUGGGGACUUGACGAGAUAGUGGUUGCCAUGGUGCUGAAGAAACAGCCUGCACAUCUUAAAGGUGAAUAUCCAAGUAUACUCUGGGAUGGCUUUUACUUUUCAAUCUAAUGUUUUAGGGCAAAUCAAUAAAACUUAAAUCAAGGGGCUUAGUGCUCAGUUUAAUCUAACUUAAGAAUCGUGUAUAAAUAUAUUGGGAGAGAUGGGGAAAUGUAUAUACAUUCAGGUGGUCUGUAAACCCUUCCAGAAUUGUUAGUAGGGAAGAUGUGAUGCAGAUACUGAAUAUACUCAGUAUGCCUGCACCAAGUACGGAAACGUUUAAUUAUGUGGAUUAAAAAUACUUUUUAAAACUUAAUUUUAAAGCAUGACCCCCAAGUACAACAAACAGCUAAACUAAGGAGUGGAGGUGGGGCAGGACAAGAGCUAUAACAUGCUGGAAGCUUAUGAGCUGUAGAAAUUGGUGCUUUUGCUUUAUGUAAUUUUUCUGUGGAGUGUUUAUUUUUUUAAAACAAAUCAUAAUGUUGGCACAUUGUUUUAUAAAAUAAAAGGAAAUUGAUUCCUAUGAUUUUAGCUAUUUGGAAAGUUACAUUAGUGCUUCGUGGAGGAAUUUGAUUGUUUCCCCCCUUCCCUCCAAAUAUUCAUUGAAUAGGCUCUGUGAGGGGCUUGGGUCCACCUGUUACUGAAACCCAACCACCCUUCCCUCUUCUCUUCUCUCCCCGCUCCUCUUCGGGUUGCAUUUGGAACAAACAACUUGUGGAAUCUUGGGCCCAAAUGGAAACUGGAUAGCGAAUCCUCUUGGGCAUGGGGUAUGCUUGUAAUAAUUUCAGGACCCAUAAUUCACUAAGCUGACAGUUGCCAUUGGUAUCCCCCCCCCCCCCAA